AUGAUUCUUCAACGUUGGCUUCCAUGCAUUUGUUGUACGUCAUUAUAUUCUGAAAGUCAAUUUAAAAAUGCUGCUAAACAACAUGAAUUAUAUCACGAUGUAGUUGAAGGUCAACUCUUAUGCAGAAAAUGUAUUGAAUUUACACCAUCCAAUAAUUAUCUUUAUUGUCGUUUUGCACGUUAUAAAAAUAAAUUAGAAAUUACUUCAAUACCAGAAGAUAUAAUAUUAGGUUUUAUAGAACAACGAGCAAUUACAUUAAGUCACAUCUAUAUGAGUAUUAUUUUAAUUCGUGGUCGUCAAACUGCGUUAAAGGGUCAGGUAGUGCAUUUUCAUGUUGAUACAAGUAUAAUCGUUGAUGAUUUAUUAUCAUUUCCACGAUGCUAUGAAUUCUUGGCUGUCGUACAGGAAAAACCACUUAAAAAUAAUGAGAUUCGUACUACUGUUAGUUAUUCGUUUAGUCCAGUACAAGUGUUGAAAGCUCUGAAUUAUUUAAAACAANGAUCCUUCUAA